UGCAGCAUCUUUAUAUUCUAACCAAGGAGUGAGGACAGUCCAGGAGUUUCUGCGGUGUAGCAGGUCAAGUACGACUUUCAGCAGGUGGAACAGUUUCAGCUCAGCAACUUCGGGUCUCUCUUGGCCACUCAGUGUGAUGGACAUACUCAACCUGUGGAAUGAUGACCCGGAAGAGGUUCUCUUGGACCUGGGCUUUGGCUGUGACGAACCUGACCUCUCUGGACGUAUCCCAGCUCGAUUCAUCAACCAUCAGUCCCAGGCAAAAGGAAUUAACCUCCAGGUUUUUCUGGAGGCCCAAAAGGACCGGCUGGACCUCGAGAAUCCUGAUGUCAGCAAUCGUUUUAAACAGCUUGAGGUUCUCCAGCACGUAACUACAGCCUUUUCCUCUUUGAUGGGGUCCUCCUGCUCCCCUGUUGGAACAUCCCAGGGGAAAGAACUGCCUCCUGAAGACCAGGAGAAAAGGAGGCGUAUAGGCAUGCUGUUCAGACGAGCAUCAAAAAAAUCACUCAGCAGAAUCCACAAAAAUAAAACCCAGGAUCCACUAACACCUUCUUCCACCUCUCCUACCUGUGCUUCACCUGAAUCACUGCAACUUCCACCUACCCAUGGAGAAAAGAGAGUCAGUCUUGGACUUCAGGAGAAGGUGUGUCUUUGUCCUCUGGCAGAAGAGCAAGGAGCUGGUCCAGACCCCCAAUCCCAGCCUCUGGUGGCUUCUUUGGCAGCCCAAGAAUGCACACCACAACCCCGGCCCCUGAGAGGAGGUCACCCUGUGACAGCAAAAACGUCUUCACAAAGGAAGAAGAGUGUCUCGCAGAUUUCAUCAAUUGAAACUGAGAUAAACAGUUUUGAGGAAAAUAGUGUCACUGGGAGCUACAUGGGAGCAGUAAAUAAUUUAGAAAUGCCAAGUGUAAUGCGGAUCGACAGCUACCAGUCAGACAGCAGCAGUUUUCCAGAGGAACUCUCAAACCCCUCCCUCUCUCAGGCAUCACCAGGACCUGAUCUCAUUAAGGCUCUGUCUAGCCGGUCAGGAGGGAGCAAUGACAGCAAGAGCCAUAACAGGCCUGGCUCACCGCUUUUUCACACCUACCCAUCGUUCCUGCUCUCCUCAUCUCUAACCUCUCCUGAUGACAAAUCUGUCCUUUCCUCACCCUGUCCUUCACCAGGGCAUUCACUAGUCCUUGAGCCUCACUUGUGUCCUGUCUCAUUGUGUCUCCCAAAAUCUGACCCGCAAUUGUCAGAGAUGGAGAAACCACCAGAUCAGAGCCAGUUUCAACCUGCUUCGUUGCUUACAUUGGUAUGCAAGUACAUUUCUGAGUUACAAAUCAUAACGAAAUUCCAAUCUCCUGUCCUCGUCCCUCAUGUGCUCUCUAGUGAGGAUAACGAUGCCCUAUCCCCCAACUUAUGUACUCUUUCUAAUGACUCUGAAGGUACAGCAUGCCUUCCAAGUUCCCCUCUACCUGCCACAUCACUUUCACCCUCUCCAAAUUGUGAUCAUUCUGCCUUGGAUGUCACAUCUUCUGCCCAGUCUAACUUGAGUCCAGGGAACACAAGGUCAGGAUGGCCUGAAGUUGCUUCUCAUGAAUAUGCCAUCUCUGCUUCCUCACGUUUGUCACCCUAUACCACUCCUGGUUUUCAUCAUCCAUCCUCUUCACCAUCUCCCCCACUAUUUCAAUCCCUGUCACGGAAUACAGAAAACAAUAAAAAAGAUUCUGUCAUUACCAUAUGCCUCUCUGAUCCAGCUACCAAUACAUGGAAGAAAGAGGACAAGGGCAAUCCCUUAUUUCCAUCCUGUCACUCUAAAUUUAAAAGGAAGCGUACCGCACUGCCUUGCCUGUCGCAUAAUGCUUCCAAUCCAAUAUGUCAGUCUGAUUUGUCAUCACAGUCACAGGAUCCACAUGAUCUUAUAGAUUCAGCUGUUGAAAGAAUUUCAGACCUAACAGAGCAAUCCAUCUCCCAACAAAACAGAUCAUGUCCUCUUGAUGAUUGCAGAGACCCUGCUCCAGAAUCACCUGUCCCAGAUAAUAUUCAUGUUAAAAUGGAUCACCUCUCAUUGGAAUCAAAUGAUACCCUUCAGAUGAAUAGAAAGGGACUGUGGAUGGCUCUGAAGGUGAAAAUGGAGAUCUAG